CCAACGAGUCAGCAUUACACAGUUGUUCUGUGCUGAGGUCAAUUUUCGCCAAUUUCACUGUUACUUUGGACGUAGUUUUAGUACUUUUUAAAGUCAUCAAAAGACAGGGUAUUCCAAAUGUCUCUAGGAUUCCAGGCGUCGCCAGCGGGCCUCUUAGAGUACCUCCAGACUUCAGUCGUGCAGUUGUUGACAGACCCCACCCAACUCUCUCCCGGCCAGGGUGUUCUUGUCGGCGCCUCUGCGCUGUUAGUCGGGGCGGUGUUGUGGAGCUGCUGCGGGGGACAGAGGAGAAACAAGGUCAAGUUGAGGGCAGAGUUUACCCCAGGAAAAGUGUAUUUACACGCACCGCCACCUGUAAAGGCGAUCCCAUGUCUGACUCCAUUUGGUAUGAAGCUGGAGACAUAUCUGCGUAUGGCUGAUAUUCCAUUCGAGCACAUGUAUGGGAGGAGUAUGGGCCCAAAGGGUAAAAUCCCGUGGAUUGAGUACAACGGUGAAGCCAUGGGAGACUCUGGUCUCAUCCUGGAGUUUCUGAACAGGGAGAAAGGUGUGGACCUGAACCAGUCCCUGAGUGCUGCAGACAAGGCUGUCAGCAGGGCCUUCACUAAGAUGGUGGAGGAGAACACUUACUGGGGUCUGGUUGAGGACAGGUGGAUAGAAAACUUUGACAAGUUGCAGGACCUGUUUGAGCUUCCCUGGUUCGUCAUGUUCCUGAUAAGGUCAGCCAAGGGCAAGAUCAAGAAGACCCUGUGGGCUCACGGCAUCGGGCGCCACACCAAGGAUGACCUCCGAGGCAUCAUCGAAAAAGAUCUCAGGGCCAUCUCAAACUUUCUGGGUACCAAACCCUAUCUGAUGGGAGAGGAGCCUACUGAGGUGGAUGCAGCAGUUUUCGGUCAGCUGUCAGAGAUUGUUUGGGCAACAUCCGGGUCCUACCUGCACAGGAUAGUCACUGUGGACUGUCCCAACCUGCUGGCCUACUGCAACCGUAUCAAGGACCGCUAUUGGUCAGACUGGGAUCAGCUGACCAACAAAACCAAGAAGGACCAAUGAAGACUUGUCUCUGUCAUUGAGAUUUUCAUUCCAAUUCUUCUUUUUAUUCCAAGCCUCAUUUGAUAAAGAAAAAAUUACCCCAAGUCCUGUAAUGCUGAGGUCACAUUUCCUAACCAGGGCCCAGCCGGGGAGUCUAAUGGAACAUAAAGUAUGAUAUAAAGGAGAACAAAGCACAAAUAAGUUGAAAGAGUUCAUAAUGGGAACUAUUUGCUUAUAUUAUUGAUAUAAAUUGUUGAUUUGUCGUUACUCAAAACAGCCCGGCUGGGCCCUGGUUUGGAAAUGUGACCUCAGCAAAACACAGAAAUUGUUAUUUGUGUGAUCAUUAGAAUUUCUAAUAGUUUUAGGUGUUUGUUACAUUUGGUAUUUUUAAACUCUAAAUUUGACAUGGUGAUGGGAAAAUCAGGGUGUAUUGGUACAGAAGGAGGGCAUUUUAUACAGUACAAAGUAAAAAAGUAAGUAAAAAAUUAACUACAUGUACAUGUAGGUGUCGAAAACACUAGUCUAAUGGGUAGAAGUCUUUCUUUGGAGGUUGUAGGUUUUAACUGGAGUCUGUUCAUACACAUGUAUAUGUACAUGUAUCAAUGGUACAUUUUGCUA